AUGAUCAAAUCGAACAUUUUGUUUGUGCUCGCACUAAGUGCGGUGCACGCUGUGACGUACGAUGGUUACUGCUGUCCGCCGGGAUGGUUCAUAAUGAAUGGCAUGAAUGACAGCAGGCUGUGCUGGGAGCCCGCGUCGGGCGAAAACACAUCGCUGACAUUGGCGUGCGAAAUGCAUGGAAUAAUAUCGGGGAGCAUAUACAGCUUCGAAGUGAACGAUGCGGGCUCUUUAGCCGUGAACGUGCGUAAUCAUAAAAUUGAAGUAGCGCCGGGAAAAUUUUGUAUCGGAAACUUCACUUUGAGCAUAAAUGACUCAUCCGUUUCCAAUGCAUCCAGAGCGGCGGUCAUCUGCGCCGAUGAGGAGGAAUCUAUGGUUGAUAACAAAGUAAUGGCCUACUGCAUGAUAGUUUCGGUCGUUUUCCUGAAGCUCACCGCGAUUAUCUACAUAAUACUCCCUGAAGUCAGGGAUCUACACGGGAAAAGCGUAAUUAACUUCUGCAUAUCGUUGGCGUUAGGUCUGCUUUGUCUGGCUAUCAUGAACCUCAUCUCCUCGUACUCCGACAUGAAUCUUUGUGCAGCUCGAGGCUUCCUGACCUACUUCUUUCUGAUCGUAAGCUUCUUCUGGACUAACGCGAUCUCCAUUCAGAUACUACGCUGUAUGAGGCGCCCUUUCAUAAUUGACUACGGUUGGAGAGAGUUUGCGUGGUAUGCGCUGUACGCUUGGGGAAUGGGCGCGUUGAUCACUAUAGCAAUGGCGAUUGUUAAUUUUCACCCGGGCGAUCAUCCGAAACCAGGGAUUGGACUGAACCAUUGUUGGUUUUUCGACAAGAAACAGCAAUGGUACUACAUGUACAGUGUCAUGACUAUACUCAUAACAGCCAAUAUUUGCAUAUUCGUUUACACGUCCAUUCUUCUAUGGCGUCAUAGUUUCGCCUCUAGCCACAUCAAGGCGUUAAAAUACAAAUUCGUCAUGACCAUCAGGCUGUUUAUUAUCAUGGGCGUGCCUUGGAUAUUCGAAAUGAUCGGUUCGUUAAUGGAAGAGAGCAUCAUAUGGGUCAUCAUGGACUUCGUGAACAUACUGCAGGGGCCGCUGGUGUUCUUGCUGCUGGUCGUGUUCCGCCGUCGGGUGGUGAAGGCGCUGCACAGGCGGGGCUUCCUCGAGUGCAUCUCCGACCGCGUGGAGAAAUACCUCGCGGUGGGCGACGACGCGGAGGAGAACGCGAUACAGCACACCAUGGACGUGCCAAUGGACGAGAAGAGCGCCAUC